AUGGACAAUUUAAAAUCGCUGGGAAAAGGUCUUCCUGCGACCGCGGUGGACACGUCUCUGGCACUGGAGUUCCGCAACGCCGCCAACGCGGUCACCAAGCUCUACAAGGUGUCCAACGAAAAGGCCCAGGUGGCGCGCCACGAAGGGUACAAACAGUGCCUGUCGGACGUGCUGGGGUUUCUGCAACAACAUCAACAACGUCACGUGGACGGUCUGCGACGCGAAAGCGAAAGCGAGGGCGAGUCCGGCGACCUGGCCCACGAGCUGUGGAAAUGGGUCACAAAACAGGAGGAACGGUUGGACGAAGAUGACACAAAUACAAUCACGAAUACGACAACGACUGCGACGGCGACGGCGACUGCGAAUACCAAUACAGGAGGAAACGCAAAUACAAACCCAAAUGCCACGUCAUCAACAACCGCCCCAAACCCCACGGCUGCCACAAACACAAACAUAAACACAACCAGCUCCCAGGCUCCGCACGACACAGACGUGUUCCGAAUGGGCUUCACGCCCUUCUCCUUCUCACAGGACCUUGUUUAUCCAGGCUAUGCCGCCGUCAAGAGAAAGGGACAUGCGCAUGGUCAUGUGUAUCAUUGUGACGAGGACAGUGAUGAGGACGAGGGAAGUAAGAGGAUGCGGUUGGUAUAA